AUGAAGACGGGGGUGGCAGCCCCCGAGGUUAGAGUUGAGGCCCCAGCUAGGGGUAGAGGUCGGGCUAGAGGCCGAGGACGUGGUCGAGGCCGUGCUAGAGGAGUGGCACCUGCCCGAGGCCGAGGUAGAGAGCCUUCACCUGAGACACAGAUUGGAGUAGCUGCAGAGCAGGCUCCUGUGGGCCAUGCACCCCCAAUUCAUGAUGAUAGACUCGACAGGAUAUUUGAGUUAUUGGAGCGUCUUGCUCAGGGUGCAGCAGGUAUACCAGCGUGGUUACAGGCUGGGGUAGGGGCACAGACCCCUGGUUAUCAGCAUCAGAUUCUAGUGGUUCCAGAGCCGGUGGUUCAGCCACCACAGGUUCCAGCACUGGUUGUAGGUAUACCAACGACCCUAGAGGUGGCCUUGGCAGAUGAUGACCAGGUCUGCUAUGAGCGGUUUCAGAAAAUGAAACCACCUCAGUUUCAUGGUGCUAAGACUGAUGAUGCUCACGAGUUUUUGACCUUGAGUCGAGAGAUGUUGGCGGCGGUACGCAUGUUAGAUGAGAGGGGCGUCCGAUUUUUGUCCCUUCAGUUACGCGGUGUCGCUAGGAAGUGGCUGAGGACCUUCAUGAGUUCGAGACCAGCGGGAUCUUCUCCCAUGGAGUGGAGUGAGUUUGCUAGUGCCUUCGAGGGUCGUUUCAUCCCUUGGAGUGUACAGGAGGAGAGCCGUAUGAGGUUUGAGAGUUUGGUGCAGGGUAACAUGUCAGUCGCAGAUUACGAGGCUCGAUUCUGUCAGUUGUCGAGACAUGCCACUGCUUUGAUUUCAGGUGAGCCUGAGCGGAUUCGCAGAUUUGUUAGGGGUUUGACUCCAACUAUCCGUAGUUAUGUGUUUAGAUCAUCUCGAGAGGGUGCUUCCUUCCAGACUAUAGUGAGUGCAGCCAGAGAGGCUGAGUUGCUUGAGCGGGAUGAUUUUGGUGGGCCCAAGAGGGUCCGUACAGGUGGUCAGUAUUCAGGUACCUCGUCAGGAGGUAGGGGCCCACACAGGGGAGGCGGGUCCUUCCUGCGUCAGAGGCCAGUACAUGCUUCAUUACCAACUAUCGAGGGUGGGCCAGCAGCUCGAGGUCCUCCAGGUUCGGGUCGAGGUGGUUAUAGCAUUACUUCGGGUUCUUCACAGUCAGGAUCCACACCGAGGUCUUGUUAUGGUUGCGGUGAUCCUGGCCACUUGAUUCGUCAGUGUCCACAUCAGACUCAGUCUGGACCACACCAUACUAUCUCCGUGGUCCCAGAGAGAGAUUCAGCACCUCCGGCUAGAGGUCGGGGUCGGGGACCGGCAUCUGGUAGAGGCGGACGAGCUUCGGGUAGAGGUGCUAGUGGCGCCUCAGCUGAGUCACCGGCCAUGGAGUCUAUUCCGGUAGUUCAGGAGUUCCCUGAUGUGUUUCCCGAGGAUCUACCUGGUGCUCCUCCUGUUCGUGAUAUUGACUUCUCUAUUGACUUGGAGCCGGGCACCAAGCCUAUAUCUAUUCCACCUUAUCGUAUGGCUCCAGCUGAGUUGAAGGAGUUGAAGGAUCAGAUUCAGGACUUAUUGAGUAAAGGAUUCAUACGCCCUAGUGUGUUGCCUUGGGGUGCACCGCUUCAGGGGGCAGCCUUGUUCUUUAAGAUCGACUUGAGAUCUGGGUAUUAUCAGUUGAGGAUUAAGCCUUCAGAUGUGGCGAAGACAAGUUUUCGCACACGAUAUGGUCAUUAUGAGUUUUUGGUUGUUUGCGGCAGUUGA